AUGGAGGAAGGUAGUCUUUGGCAUCAAUGGAGCAUGAUCAGAUCUCUUUUAGCCAUUCUUCAAUGGUGGGGUUUCAACGUUACUGUUAUCAUCAUGAACAAAUGGAUCUUCCAGAAACUGGAUUUUAAGUUCCCUUUGUCGGUUUCAUGCGUUCAUUUCAUAUGUUCAUCGAUUGGAGCAUACAUUGUGAUCAAAGUCCUGAAGAUUAAACCAUUGAUCGUUGUUGAUCCAGAAGACCGAUGGAAAAGAAUAUUCCCAAUGUCAUUCGUCUUUUGUAUCAACAUUGUGUUGGGAAACAUCAGUCUUAGAUACAUCCCUGUCUCUUUCAUGCAGACAAUUAAAUCCUUUACUCCAGCAACAACAGUUGUGUUACAAUGGUUGGUGUGGAGGAAGUAUUUCGAUUGGCGUAUAUGGGCGUCGUUGGUUCCUAUUGUUGGAGGGAUUCUUCUGACUUCUAUUACAGAACUUAGCUUUAACGUGUUUGGUUUCUGUGCUGCUCUGUUUGGAUGUUUAGCUACCUCUACUAAGACCAUUCUUGCUGAAUCUCUUCUUCACGGUUACAAAUUUGAUAGCAUCAACACGGUGUAUUACAUGGCGCCUUUUGCGACAAUGAUUCUCGGAGUACCAGCCUUUCUACUCGAAGGGAAUGGGAUCUUGGAUUGGUUUGAAGCACACCCAUCUCCAUGGUCGGCUCUCAUCAUUAUAUUCAGCUCAGGUGUUGUAGCUUUCUGUCUUAACUUCUCAAUCUUCUAUGUCAUUCACUCCACAGCAGCAGUUACAUUCAAUGUAGCUGGGAACCUUAAGGUCGCAGUGGCUGUUCUGGUUUCAUGGAUGAUAUUCCGAAACCCGAUAUCACCGAUGAAUGGUGUUGGAUGUGGAAUCACACUUGUGGGAUGCACGUUUUAUGGAUAUGUAAGUCAUAUGCUUUCUCAGCAGCAACCUGGAACUCCUAGGACUCCUUGUACUCCAAGGACCAAGAUGGAACUGAUGAUUCCUCUUGUUAAUGAUAAAGUCGAGGGUAAAGAUUGA